AUCCUCCAUGUGAAGCAUUUCUGAGCUAAACUGCUGGUGGCUCCCUGCCUGGUUACUCCGUUCUCUGAGGAAGAUGUCUGAAAAAUUUGAAAUUCUCAACCUGGGUAUGAAGACUGGGGAUUCCCUGAAGAUCAAGGGCAAGAUAUCCGAUGAUGCGGAUGGCUUCAGCAUCAAUCUCGGCUGCAAGUCCUCGGAUCUGGCACUUCACUUCAAUCCCCGCUUCAAUGAGUCUGUCAUUGUCUGCAACUCCAGGUGCUCCAGUGCCUGGCAGGAAGAGCAUCGUGACGACCACCUCUGUUUCUCCAAGGGCUCCACUGUCAAGAUGGUCGUUGAAAUGCUGGCAGACAAAUUCGUGGUGAAACUACCAGACGGGCAUGAAGUGGAGUUCCCCAACCGGCACUGCUAUGACAAGAUCAGCUACAUGAGCAUCAAGGGAGGCUUCAGGGUCACCUCCUUCAAGCUGGACUGAUGGACAUCACUUUCUAGAUCUAAUAAAAACCCGAGCAGCGAGAGACUCCAGCUGCUCUGGCUUUCGUGAGG